AUGGGGCCCCCAGGCAAUAGGGGAUCAUGGGGCCCCUGUGUCUUUGCCCACACUCAAACCAUACCCAAAAAAGCCUAUGAAAGGUACCAGGGGCAUCUCAUGGGGCCCCCUACUGACCCCAGGCCCUCAGGCAGUGCCCGAGUUUCCAAAUGGUCAGUCCGCCCCUAGACAGGAGCCAAUUACCCUACCAGCAAGGGCGGACUGACAUCUCAAGGGGCCCCCGGGCAAUAGGGGAUCAUUGGGCCCCUGUGUCCUUGCCCAAACUCAAAAAAGCCUAUGAAAAAGGUACCAGGGGCAUCUCAUGGGGCCCCCUACUGACCCCGGGCCCUCGGGCAGUGCCCGAGUUUCCAAAUGGUCAGUCCGCGCCU